AUCUAGACUCACCAUUCACCAAACCACACACAUAUACUUUCACUAUUUUUUUCACUGUUAACCUUCUCUUCUUCCCACAACUCAAGUAACUCACUUACUCACAUUGAAUAUAGUAGUUGGUGAAGCAGUUAAUGUGCUGAUUUACACAGAUAAUGUCUACCAAAAUGUGAAUGCCAAAUUGCCAUGGUGGUUGGGAAAAAUGACCCAUUAAAUAAAUGCUACUAUAUUUCUUUAGAAACUAGUAUGAAAUUGAGCUAAAGCAGCAAAAUUUUACAGACUUGCAGCAUGGGUCUUAUGUUUCUUUAGUCCAAUUCCACACUUAAACUAGAGAGAGAAAGUGAGAACAAAGAGAAAGAUAGAGGAAGGCACGUGGGUAUAUAUCAGUUUGUGGCCACCAUUGUUGUAAUUUUGAGCUCUUGAAAGCUACUACUAUUUUUGUUUCUCCUUCUUACUUUCCAGCAAAAUCCCACACAUUUCUUGCUCUUAAAGCACACAUCUUUUUCCCCUAAUUUAAUUUUUCUUCUUCUACUACUCAUGAAAUUUCUCACUUGCAGAAGCUUAAACCAAAUUUGUGUAACUCAUAAAUGUUAAUUGUUACCCACCCAUAAAUGUGCAGGUGUUGUUGUUGCCGUUAAUUAUGUUUUCUGGACCACUUCAAAUUGACUAAUAAAUACUCUCUUCUUUUUACAAAAGAAAAGAAUGUCAGUUUUUGUAGUGUUGUUAUUAUAUGGUUGUCAUAUUUGUCUUGCUCUCACUUUUAGCAGAUUCCAAAAUCCCACAAAAUUUUGAUUUUUUGCAAAUAUUUACUCUCAAAAUUAUGCAAUUUGAUCUGGGUUAGCAACUAUAAUGUGGAUUAAGGGAGUUGGGUGUUGUUUAUUAGAGUUGCCAGCAUGAAAAAAUCCCAGCAACAGAAGCUUGAAGUUGUUCUUCUGUUGAUGAUUUUUUUGGUUCUGGAAUUUAUUCUUGUUUUCCCAGCAACUGAGAGAGAGAAGGAGAUCUUGUUGCAGUUUAAGAGCAAUGUGUCAAAUGACCCACUUAAUGUUUUGAGUUCUUGGGUUUCUGCUGCUGAUCCUUGCCAAAAUUACACUGGUAUUACUUGUGAUUCUAAUCAAAAUGUUGCUAGGAUUGUAUUGUGGAAUACUAAUCUUUCUGGGGUUUUAUCACCUGCAUUAUCUGGGUUAAAAUCUUUGCGUUCUAUCACUUUGUUUAGCAAUAGAUUUACUGGAAAUAUCCCAGAAGAGUAUGGAAAGAUUAAGUCUUUGUGGAAGUUGAAUUUGAGUUCUAAUGCCCUUUCUGGGUCAAUCCCAGAAUUUAUUGGGCAAUUGGAAAAUCUGAGGUUUUUGGAUUUGUCUAAAAAUGGGUUUUCAGGGGAAAUUCCACCCACAUUGUUUGAUAGUUGUGGCAAAAUGAAGUUCAUUUCUCUAUCAAGCAACAAUCUCACUGGUUCAAUUCCUGAUUCUGUGAUCAAUUGCACAAAUCUUAUUGGUUUUGAUGCUUCCUACAAUGUGCUUGGUGGUAAUAUUUCUUCUCAAAUUUGUGAUUUGCCCAAUUUGGCUUUCUUGUCAUUGAGGAGCAAUGUGCUUGCUGGUAGUGUUGAAGGGAAGUUAGCAGGUUGUAAUAGUUUAGAGUUUUUGGAUCUUAGUAGCAAUGUGUUUAAUGGAGAGGCGCCGUUUGAUCGUUUUGGGUUGGUAAAUAUGACUUAUUUCAAUGUUUCUCAUAACGGGUUUCGAGGGAGGAUUCCAGAGAGUAUAACAUGUAGCCAAAGAAUGAGGUUCUUUGAUGCUUCAUGGAAUAAUUUGGAUGGGGUGAUUCCUUCAUGGAUCACAAGCUGUGCAAACCUCAGAAUAUUGGACCUGGAGAAUAAUAGGCUAACUGGCAAUAUUCCAAAGAGCAUUGGUACUUUGAAGAGCCUUUCAAUCUUUCGAUUGGGGAAUAAUUUGAUUGAUGGGACUAUCCCAACAGAAAUCGGGGAUAUUGAGCUAUUACAAGUUCUCAAUUUACACAACCUUGAUCUUCAUGGUCAAAUUCCCGGUGAAGUUGCUCGUUGUCGGUUUCUUCUUGAGCUGGAUGUUUCUGGCAAUGUAUUAGAUGGUGAAAUACCUCAGACCUUGUAUAACAUGACAUACCUUUUAAUUCUUGACCUUCACAGAAACCAACUCAGUGGUAACAUUCCAACAAGUAUAGGAGAACUUUCAGGGAUCCAGUAUCUUGAUCUUUCAGAAAAUCUACUAUCUGGGUCAAUCCCUACUUCACUAGGGAAUUUAGGAAAGCUAACUCAUUUUAAUGUUUCAUACAAUUCUCUUUCUGGGGAGAUACCUCAACUUUCGAACAUCACAAACUUCGGGUCUACAGCAUUUUCCCAUAACCCUCGGCUGUGUGGCCAUCCUCUAGACAGCUGCUCAGGGAUGAUGUCAAAAAGAGUAAAGGCACUCACUGUUUCUGCUAUAGUUGCAAUGGUUGCUGCUGCUCUUAUUCUAUUUGGGGUUUGCAUAGUAAUUAUUUUGAACAGAAGGGCACGCAGGAGAAGGAAAGAAGCUGAGAACAUGGUUCUAGAAGGCACUCCUUUGGCUUCAACUGAAACAAAUGUCAUAAUUGGAAAGUUGGUUUUGUUCAGUAAAAGUUUACCCUCAAAAUAUGAAGAUUGGGAAACUGGUACUCGAGCAUUGCUUGACAAAGAGCGGCUUGUUGGUGGUGGCUCCCUAGGUACAGUGUACAGAACAAGUUUUGAAGGUGGUAUUUCAAUAGCAGUAAAGAAGCUUGAGACUUUGGGAAGGAUCAAAAGCCAAGAUGAUUUUGAGCAGGAAAUUAGUAGAUUAGGGAAUAUUCAACACCCCCAUUUAGCAACUUUUCAAGGUUAUUACUGGUCUGCAACAAUGCAGCUGAUUCUUUCAGAUUUUAUUCCUAAUGGUAACCUGUAUGAAAAUUUACAUGGCUCAAACUAUGCUAGCUCCAGCGCUCAGGGUGGAAAGAGUGCAUUGUAUUGGGAAAGAAGGUUUCAGAUUGCCCUUGGAACUGCUAGAGCACUCUCUUAUCUUCAUCAUGAUUGUAAACCCCCAAUUCAUCACCUGAACAUAAAGUCCACAAACAUACUCUUGGAUGAAAACUACGAGCCUAAGUUAUCUGAUUAUGGGCUGUCGAAGCUGCUUCCCAUGUUUGAUAAUUAUGGUCUAACAAAGUUUCACAAUGCAGUUGGGUACAUUGCUCCCGAGUUAGCUCAAAGUUCAAGACCAAGUGAUAAAUGUGAUGUAUAUAGCUAUGGGGUUGUGUUGCUCGAGUUAGUAACUGGGAGAAAGCCUGUGGAGAGCCCUUCAUCGAGCGAAAUUAUUGUUUUGUGCGACUAUGUAAGAGAGCUAUUGGAAACUGGGUCUGCAUCCAAUUGCUUCGAUAGAAGGUUGAGAAAUUUUUCUGAAAACGAGCUAAUUCAAGUUAUGAAACUGGGGCUCUAUUGUACUUCUCAGAUCCCCUCUAAAAGACCUAGCAUGGCUGAAGUUGUGCAGUUUCUUGAAUCAAUAAGGAAUCACAGUUCUUAACAUUGGAAAAGGGUGGUUAUAUCUGGGAUCCUAUUGUGUAUGAAGUGUAUGAUCUUUGUGCAGUGAAGCAACAUAGUUUAGCUGAGAGGGCGUUAGGGGAAUUAGCAGUCAUUCUUUUGUAAUUCUUUUUUGUUUUCAAUUUCACCCAUUGUUAUUCACACCCUGUUUUCAUUAAUAAAUUCCAUUCAUUUUUUUGGUA